CGCGCAUCCCGGUUCGUUACGUCACUUGAAGCGCCCUGGCUCUUAGAUCUGGCAAAGAGAGGAAGAAAACGACAGAAGUCUCUAAAACAGGGCUUUCCCCUCCGUUACCAGCUCUCAAAGUGAUAACGGUCCGUCUACAACACUACACACAGGCACAGCCAUCUCACCAAACCGGACUAACCUCUUGUAGAAGAAGAAAUAUAACAUGACCAGGAUAAAUGGAAAAACCAGCAACUCUUCAAGAAGAUGAGACAUUGCACUGUUAAAAUAUAGAUCAUAGAUCCUUUACUAGAUUUACAGAAAUCAUCAUCUCCACCAAUAACAUCCGUAUUCUGUAUACCCCUACUGUUCACUAACCAGAGCCACAAUGUACGGCAGUGCCCGAUCUGUGGGCAAAGUGGAAGGCAACCACACCAGUGGGAGCACCCAAAGUCCUGGGCGUUCGCCCCGUCUCCCUCGGUCACCCCGUCUCGGCCACCGUCGCACCAACAGCACAGGGGGCAGUGGAGCCGGAGCCGGUCCAGGUGGUAAAACCCUUUCCAUGGAGAACAUCCAGUCCCUCAAUGCCGCCUAUGCCACUUCCGGGCCCAUGUAUAUGAGUGACAAUGAGGUGGUUACAUCUGGUCCAGACCUCCCCAAAAGCACCAUGACCCUGGGGCGCACCAGUGGGCGAGUACCCUACGGCGUCCGUACGACUGUAAUGGGAUCCAGUCCAAACAUCGCCACUGGAUCCCCUGGCGCCACUGAUGCCAUUGCUUUCGGAGACCACCAUAUGCCUUCCACCUUGGCGUCCACUGUGCCUCAUUCGCUGAGGCAGGCGCGGGACAACACCAUCAUGGACCUGCAGACCCAGCUCAAGGAGGUGCUUCGGGAGAACGAGCUUCUGCGGAAAGAGGUAGACAUGAAGGAGAGCAAACUCAGCUCCUCCAUGAACUCCAUUAAGACCUUCUGGAGCCCCGAAUUGAAGAAGGAGCGAGCCCUGCGUAAGGAUGAAGCUUCCAAGAUCAGCGUGUGGAAGGAGCAGUAUCGAGUCGUCCAGGAUGAGAACCAGCAUCUCCAGAUGACCAUUCAGGCCCUCCAGGACGAGCUGCGGAUCCAGCGGGACCUCAACCAGCUCUUCCAGCAGGACCCCAGCGCUCGUCCCGGCGAGCCUCUCACCGCCGAACUGACCGAGGAGAACUUCCAGCGUCUGCACGGCGAGCACGAGCGUCAGGCCAAAGAGUUGUUUCUCCUGAGGAAGACUCUGGAGGAGAUGGAGCUGCGCAUCGACACCCAGAAGCAGACGCUCAGCGCUCGGGACGAGUCCAUCAAGAAGCUGCUGGAGAUGCUGCAGAGUAAAGGGCUGUCGGCCAAGGCCAGCGAGGAGGACCACGAGCGCACCCGGAGGCUGGCCGAUGCUGAAAUGCACAUCCACCAUCUGGAGAGUCUACUAGAGCAGAGGGACAAAGAGAUGGGGCUGCUGAGAGAGGAUCUCCACCGGCGUUAUGAGGGAGCUCCAGAAUCAGCCAAAACCAAGGCCCUGCAGACUGUCAUCGAAAUGAAGGACUCAAAGAUUGGCUCUAUGGAGCGCAGUCUGAGAGACCUGGAGGAUGAGAUUCAGAUGCUGAAGUCUAACGGAGCUCUCAGCACAGAGGAGCGAGAGGAGGAGAUGAAGCAGAUGGAGGUUUAUCGCAGUCACUCCAAGUUCAUGAAGAAUAAGGUAGAGAAGCUGAAGGACGAGCUGGCGCAGAGCCAAACACAGGGCGAGGAGCUGAAAAAUGUGGUGUCUGAGCUCCAGCAAGAGAUUGACCAGGUAAAGCAGGAUCUGUCCAGGAAGGAUUCUGAACUCUUGGGCCUGCAGACUAAACUGGAGACUCUGACCAAUCAGUUUUCAGACAGCAAACAGCACAUCGAUGUCCUCAAGGAGUCUCUCACUGCCAAAGAACAGCGUGCCGCCAUCCUGCAGACUGAGGUCGAUGCUCUGCGUUUGCGUCUGGAGGAGAAGGAGGCCACGCUGAAUAAAAAGAGCAAGCAGAUUCAAGAGGUGUCGGAAGAGAAAGGCACGCUCAACGGAGAAAUUCACGACCUCAAAGACAUGCUUGACGUCAAGGAACGCAAGGUCAAUGUGCUGCAGAAAAAGAUUGAGAACCUGCAGGAGCAGCUGAAGGAUAAGGAGAAGCAGAUGAGCAGUCUCAAGGAGCGCGUCAAAUCCCUGCAGGCCGACACGUCAAACACGGACACGGCCCUCAGCACGCUGGAGGAGGCCCUGGCUGAGAAGGAGCGCAUCAUUGAGCGUCUGAAAGAGCAGAGAGACAGAGAUGAGAGGGAGAAGAGCGAAGAACUGGAGAGCAAUAAGAAAGAGCUGAAAGAUCUGAAAGAGAAGGUCAACGUACUGCAGGGAGACCUGUCCGAUCGCGAGGCCUCUCUAUUGGACCUGAAGGAGCACGCCUCGUCCCUGGCUUCCUCCGGACUGAAGAAAGACUCCAAGCUGAAGAGUCUGGAAAUCACUCUUGAGCAGAAGAAAGAGGAGUGCAUCAAACUGGAGAGUCAACUCAAGAAGCGUUCUGAUCUCGUGUCAGGCCAUCCCUUCAAUCUUGCUCAUUCUGUUGCGGUCGAGGCUCAGACAAGUGCAGGACUGUCGGAGCGCAUUGCCACACUUGAGCAGGAGGUGGCACGUUACAAAGAAGAUGCUGGAAAGGCUCAGGCCGAAGUCGACCGACUCCUGGAAAUCCUCAGAGAGAUGGAAAAUGAGAAGAAUGACAAGGACCGCAAAAUCAACGAGCUGGAGAGGCAGAUGAAAGACCAAAGCAAGAAAGUUGCCAACCUGAAGCACAAAGAGCAGGUGGAGAAGAGCAAGAACGCCCAGCUGAUGGAAGAGGCCCGUAAGCGAGAGGAUAACAUCAAUGAGAGUUCUCAACAGGUCAAGGACUCUUUGCGGCUGAAAGACGAUCGCAUCGAGGAGCUGGAGGAGGCUUUGCGUGAGAGCGUUCAGAUCACUGCUGAGAGAGAAAUGGUGCUGGCACAAGAGGAAUCCGCUCGUGCAAACGCUGAGAAACAGAUGGAGGAGCUGUUGGCCGCCAUGGAAAAGGUGAAGCAGGAGUUGGAGUCCAUGAAGGCCAAGCUGUCGUCCACUCAGCAGUCUCUGGCGGAGAAGGAGUCGCACCUGACCACGCUGAGGGCCGAGCGCAGAAAGCACCUGGAGGAGGUGCUGGAGAUGAAGCAGGAGGCACUGUUGGCUGCCAUCAGCGAGAAGGACGCCAACAUCGCUCUUCUGGAGCUUUCAUCCUCAAAGAAGAAGAAAACUCAAGAUGAGGUGGCUCUGCUGAAGAGAGAGAAAGACAGGCUGGUUCAUCAACUUAAACAGCAGACGCAGAACCGCAUGAAGUUAAUGGCUGAUAACUACGAGGAUGACCACCACAAGGCAUCCAAUUCUGACCAGACCAAUCACAAACCCUCUCCAGACCAGAUUAUCCCCCCGCUCAUAGACCUCAAUCAGAACCGCAGUAAGCUGAAACUGUACAUCGGCCACCUCACGGCCCUCUGCCACGAGAGAGACCCGCUCAUCCUGCAGGAUCUGGCCCCGCCCUCCGCUUACCACCGCAGCCAACGGGACGCCUGGGAGGAGGAGCUGCAGAAGAUGAGCCCUGAACAGCUGGAAUCUGAGUUGGAGCAGUGUGAGCGAGAGAGUGCCGAACUGCAGGAAUACGCAAACUCCGUCCUGCAGCAGAUCGCCGAUCACUGCCCGGACAUCCUGGAGCAGGUGGUCAAUGCUCUGGAGGAGUCAUGCUGACCGAACUGCAGAGCCGAGCCCAGCCGCCUCCUCUCUUCCCGCUUCUCCUUCUCUUUUCUCCUCAGCUUUGAUCUCACAGGAAGCGAAAAAAACACAAACUCUCUCACCUUCACCCACAUGCACAACUCAAAGGACAGACACAUACGGGAGAGACUGACAGCUCACAAGUCAGGAUCACGCUUGGAUUGGGUUUGAGGUGUGGGAACGGUAGGCUGCCACCACAUUCAUCCUCUCUGCACCCUCACAUAAACACGGGGAAGAGGAAACCCAAAGAGGGGAAACGAGGAGCUCAGUAUUACAGGGCAUGUUCAUUUAUUAAGAUGUCUGUCUUGGAAAGCCGUCCUGCGGGAGGUGCCGUUCUCUCUGUGAGGGGCAGGAAAUAGUCUCCUUAUCUUGAUAUACACGAUUGCCACAGCUUUUAAAAGCUGCAGGAUUUUGAAACCGUUUUGAAGCAAUUUAGAUUUUUUUUCCCUCCCCCUCUUUUUCUCUUGUAGAUGCUUUGUUACUGACGUUAAAUUAUGGGUCAUUCGCGCAGGGCAAAACUCCUGCACUUUCAGACCAUCUGGUUUCACUCAAAACUUGGUUAAUGCUCCGGUUGUGCCAGCAGACAGUCCAUGCGGACUUAAACAUACUUUUACUAUCGUAGUCAGUAGCGGGUUUAGAUUACUGCAGCCCCCACCAUCUGGGAAUUUACUAUUGAAUCGGUUACUGGCCGAUUUCCUCCUGAAGUCUCGUACAUAAAAGUUACGAAACGGACAAUAUGGGUAAUGUUAUCCCGCAUGCACCUGUCACCAGCUAAAGAAACCACAGCCCUGGUUUGUGUCUGUUAAAGGUGAGAGGAAGAAAAUUAUUUGCCUUGGAAGUUGUAGGUUUAUUGCUGCUAACAUUUGUCUUUGCAUGUGGCAGGUUUUGGUUUGGUUAUGUUUUUCUUUUCAUUUUUUUCUUUCCAUGGCCGGCUCUCUGAUGCCGAGGGUGGUAAGACAGAGGCUUUAUUCCCGACACAGAUGUUGUGGACGCAGAAGUGCCUCAUCAUCAGAGCACAGCUGCCACACAUCACUGGAAAUAGGAAAAUAGGCACCUAUCACUCAUUCCCUACUCCCAAAACUAUGUGGUCUCGCACUGGGAUGAAGACUGGCAGCAGCUUCGCAGUUUUUCCAAAGCAAAGAGCACAGAUGUUUUUAUUCCACAGAUAAGGUCAAAUACAAGUUGUUUAGAUACCCUCUUCUCUAUACCACUCUCUCUUUUUCUGGAACAGAUGCUAGUUGAUUUGUUUGCGGUUGCUUUUGUGCGAUAUCAUCAAGCUUUGAUCCCAACGUACCAUCAUGCUCAUCUUUCUCUCUGCUUGGCUUCAUAUCUUCAUCCCCAGACCCGGGCGUCACUGUUAGCACAGCCGGCAGGUGUAUCCUCUUACACUUUAUGGUUAUAUGGGUCUAUAUCCGUUGGCACUAGGUGUCCGUCUCUGGACCGGCCACAGGAGCGAUAAGAUUCAACCUCGUUCUUCUGCUGAUAAACAUGCUUGCUUCAUCGUAGAGAUCUUUAAAGUCCAGAGUCGACUUCUCCUUCUGCUGCCCCUGUGGAUGACACUGGGCGUAACGUGGCCUCUGCUCCUCUCUCUCUAUCUAUAUCUCCCAAUCCCUCCCUCAUUCAUGCCUGUGUGUAGUUUAUGGCUCUGACCUGCUGCGCUGUGUUAGUCAUACUCCUCUCCGCAUGAUAAGCCCUCAACGGACAAGACAAACAGCACGAGAUCACAGCAAAUAUAAUCAUCUCCCUCUCGCAUGCUCCCAUAUCAACACUCCACCUCUGCUUAUGUCUGUACGCACUAGAAAACGCCACGUGAUACCAAACAUUUGCUUUACCCAGAUUUGAUUGACCUCUGAGUCAUUCUGAGCUACUGAUGUUGUGCCUAUAACUAGUACACAUCUUGUCCUCUAGAGGUUUCCCAGCAAACAUUUUUGUGUUUGUUAGACGUCAUAUAGACAUCUGAACGUAGACAGCUUGGCUAAAACAAGGCUAAACUUGGGCUGUCAGUGAAAAUCUAAUAGACGUCUAAGAAUAGCCCAACUUUAAACAUGUAGUCAUUAAUUUCUGUUUAUUUGUUGACUAGUCUAGUUUUGGCCUAUUCUUAGACGUCUAUUAGAUUUUCACUGACAGCCCAAAUUUAGUCUUGUUUUAGCCAACAUGACUAUGUUUAGACGUCUAUUAGACAUCUAUUAGACAUCUUUUAAAAACAAAAAUGCUUACUGGGUUAUGUUUGUUUGUCUAAUUGAUUCGAUUAUAACAAUUGUUUUGGAGAAGCUGGGUGAAUCUCAAGAACAUU